AUGAUAAUGGUACGAGAGUGGGCAAAGUACCGGUACGGAGUGUUUGAGGAAAAUGGGUUCCCUGGAGACCCCUUGUACCCGUCCUUUUACUCUGCCUACAACAAUAAUGGAGAUGGAACCACGACUGGAGAGGAAACCAAGAAACCGUCUGGCUGUUCCAAUGUGGAAAUUGAAGGAGAAACUCCAGGUCCCCUCCUUUUCGGGCUUAAUUCCUAUGAAUCUUCCCUGCUUGGGUUCAUGGGUGCUCCUGGUAAUUUUGAGGAGCUCGUUCACGACAUCAACGCGGGAGUAAUUGAGGGCGAACGAGGGUUUUGCAGCGGCGGAGGAGAUAACUGCGUGUUCCGCCCUUUGGACGUGGCGGCGAACCAAAGAGUGAAGUCGUCGGUGAUGAACGCCAACCAGCUGCAAAGCGUGGACCAGUUUUGCGAUGCCGAGACGCAUGACAGAACAGCACCGACGAAGCAGAAUGUGUUAUGCGGUGGGAAGAGCACUUGGGAAGUCAUCAAAGCGCAUCCCGACUUCCAAGGAGUGACGCCGGUUGUUGGCCAGACGCACAAAACCCCGGUGUUCUCCUAUCGCAAACGCAGUCCCAGGAAAGUCGUCUUCUGUCUGGACUGGACUGCUUCCAUGAAGAAUGCAAGCCGUUGGUCGGACGUCCGAGGCGCCACUUACCGAAUCCUGGAGCUCCUCGGGAUGGAGGGCCGGGUGGCGGCCGGCAGCGUGGGCGACGCCACGCGGAUCGCCGCCCGUUCGGCGUCCGUCGGACUCGUGCACUUCAACUCCGACGUGGAUAUCGAUCGGGCGCCGCAACCCGUCAAUCGCAUGCCGAUCUCUUCCGCCUCGCUCAUCAGCCGCUACCCGUCCGAGGACGACUCUCGCUGUGUCACCUGCGGGAUCCGCAGAGCUGUUCAUCUUCUGGAACAAGAUUCGCACCCGUCGGCAGUCGCCGGAAGUGAAAUAAUCGUGGUGGCCCAAGAACGCGGGAUCGGGGACCAGCUCAACAACGUGGAACGGGAAUUGCUCCGGAAGCGGAUCCGGGUCCACGCCAUCGUGUAUCCCGAGUCGCCCUUUGCCGAAAUCCAGGCCCUGGCCCGACGCACUGGAGGCAAGGUUUUUGAGCUCCAAGACAGAACCAGAGGCUCUGAAUCCCCGGCUUCCAUGAUUGAUAUCGUUAAUGCCUACGAAAGCAUUCUUCAGCCUCAAGGAACUGCCAAGAUCUAUCAAGCUGAGCUGAAGCCGAGAGGACAAGGAAGUGCGGCAUCCGGGGAAUUCCAGAUAGAUUCCGGCGUUCGUCCGCCCCUGCGAAUGACCGUGUUUUAUAAACACCAGCAUGGACCGAGGUCAACUGAGCUCGCGGGUCCUACGGGGUCAAUCUUUAGGGAUUUCGAGAAUUCCCCGCUGGAGUACAUUGCGGAUUUCAUCACUGUGCUACAGGACCCUCUUCAGAAAGGAAAGUGGACCUUCCGCGUGGACCUCGUCUCCCAGAGCCCCGUUGUAGUUGAAGUGCGUGGACAAACGUCCCCCGAGGGCAGGGACGCCAUAUCCCUGACCACCUGGACUAGCUGGGACGAGCGACCCAAGCGCACGGGAUCCCCGGGAUCCUCUGGCCCCCGACCCGAAGUGUUGCCACUCAUCAUUUACGCGGAGCUUAAUCGUGGCGGCCUGGCCAUCGUCGACGCCCACGUGUACGCUGUUGUCAAACGAAGAUCCGCUUCCGGUGUCGGGUUGUCUGGCCUCAACGACACUGUCACAGUUCCGCUGUUUGAUGACGGCAUGGGAGAUCCGGACAUCAGGAAAGGAGACGCCAUUUAUAGCGGUCACUUCACGCACUUUUUGCCAGACGAUGCGACUUAUUUGGUGACAGUUGUGGCGGAUGACAAUGAAUCUCUGGCGAAAUAUAUUUCUCCCAGUGAUGCCCGCAGGGGACGAAGGUUCAGCUUUUCCAGCAGUCAGCCGAAUGAAGACACUAUUGAAUUCCCGUUUUGCUGUGGCGGAAGUCAGCCUGUGGAUCCCCCGUUGAGCUCCACUGGUCCGUUCCAGCGCGUGGCUGAGGGACGAGCUUUGAAAUUGCACGCGGGCCCGAAGGGGGACAUUUACCCGCCGAAUCGGGUUACGGACUUGAGAGCCGCCGCCUGGCCCCAGUACGACAGGGUCACGAUUCGUUGGACUGCCCCCGGCGGCGACUACAAAAUCGGCAAAGCUUCCUUGUACGAGAUAAGGUACAGCACCAACAGAGACGUAGUAAUGGACCAGAACCGGUUCCUGUCCGAAGGGAACAUUUUGACGGCAGCGCCAUCUCCUGAAGAGGCGGGAACUCAGCAGGAAGCUGACGCUUUCGUGCGUGGCGAUGGUCUGGCUAGAGGUCGCGUCUACUACUUUGCGCUCCGGGCGUACGACGGCGAAUGGUCGCCGUUGUCGAAUGUGGCGGCCAUCGCUCUGCCGCCGCCUUCCAUUGCGGGUCACGAGGGUUCUGCGCAACCCGGGGGUGGAGCAAGUGGAGUGAAUGGGGAUUACAUGAAAACGCCGCUGCCAACUGUUUCAGGCAGCAACGGAGUGAAUGCUAGUACAGGUUCAAUAUGUCUGACAUCCUUGGCAGGAUCCGAUCACAGUCCUCAGUACAUCCCAGCAAGUGCUUUGUUGGAUGAACACGAGCGCAGGCAGUCCAUGGUUCGCUCUCGAACGCCCCCUGGAGGCCAUAUGCCGAAUAACAACGGAUACUCCAACAGUUACUCCUUCGAUGACGGACUCUCUUCAACGCAGGGCUCGGAUAUCGCAGCCUACGACCCUUGGCUCAACAAUGGUGUCUAUGGUACCGUCGUGGCCCAGCACCGCGGACCGCCGCCACCAGUGGCGCCCAAGCCCACCAGGGUGGUAGCUUUGCAGCAGCAACAGUUGCACCACCAGGCCGUCGACCUGAAUGGCUCUCGAACAUCCUUGCGAAGUGGAGCAAGCACCUUAAGGAACGUCACGCAAGUUUGAAGUCGUUAGUUUUCCUUUUUUUUUGUUGAAUGAUGAAUAUUGACGCUUUUAAGUUUUAAAUUUCGGACUUUCGGAGAUUUUUUUGAUCUUGACGUCGUCACGGUGUUCACGUUAUUUAUUUUUUCUUUCAACAAUCGUCGAAGCCUUUGGGAUUUUUGAAAAUUCCUUUCAGUUUUCAGUGUCCCUUUUUUAAGAUAAAAAAAAGUUGAGCAUGCAUAGAUUCUGGCCGAUGGAUUAUUGAAGUUUUAAAGAUGAAAACUGGAUGUUCUUUUUUCGCGGACAUUGAUGUUGACUGAAUGACAGACGUCUUGAAAUGUGAUUUUGAAUCUCCGUGGACAAAAAAAAAAAAAAGGAAGAGAACAAAAAACCCGCGAUGGAUGAGCUUUGUAUGAUUCUCUCGAAUUUGCCCUUGAUCAAUGUUUGAAUGAUUGAUGAGUGACUGGGAAUUUUGUGAGAGGUAAUGCUGAUUUUUUUUUUCUUCUGAUUCAACCAUUUAUUGUCAAAGCGACGAUUUCGCGGGCCAGUUUUUUUCUCCUUCGUGUUGGGGACAAUGAUGAGAAAGAUGGCGUUCAUUUGAAGGUUGGAAUUCUUUCGGGAUCAUCGACUUUUGGUCGUUUAUCUCUUAAAUAUCGAUGAGAAAAAUGUUUUAUGUCGGAAUCAUGAUUUUUUUUGCGCGAAGGUUUCGUUUGCCCGUUGGAACCUCGGUUGGAUCGCAUUCUUACGUGGCUGGUGAUUAUGAUCUCACGCAGGUGUUUCUGUUUUAUUUUUCUGUUGGCGAGGUGAGA